CCAGCUGUAAUGUAAUUAUCCAAAAGGUACAGGUGCUGUCUUUAUUUUUUGGGGGAAUGGAUAUUCCUAUGAAUAUUGGAUAACGUUGCACAUAUAUUAUAUCGACUGCAUAUAUUAAGUUAAAGGCUUACAAAUCAUCUCUAGAAAUUGGUCACUUUAGCAGCCAGCUUCCUAGGGAGAAUGUUUCCAUGGCGUUCUGGCAAAGAAGCUGUGCCAUCUGUUCAUAAAACGGACGGCACAAAAUGCACAAAUUAGUCCUGUAUUUAGCGUGAUUGCAAAUGGCCGGAUAUAAAUGGAACGGGGAAAAUACCCCUUUUUUAAAUCUUUAAAUUAGCUGGUUUAAUUGCAUAUUCAUUGUGACGGAUGUAAUGGUAGUUAAACUUGUGAGUUGACUGUCUCCAGACUGGGUAUAACGUGAAGAAUACAACCCGGGUUGGACCGCGUCAGAUCAUUUGACAGCUUUGGGACUGUUAUACGUGUCUUUGGAAGGAAAAGCAAUAUGUCGACAAGAGUGAUAUUUGGAAAGGGAAAGCCUAACCCCAAGCAUUUCAAUAUAGCCUUUUCUUCCGCGGAAUCAAAGAGGAAAGGGAUAUCCUCUUCUGAUGGGAAGAGGACGUUUUCUUUUUCUCUCAGGUGUCGGCUGGGCAUCAUUCGAGGACGGAUCAAAGGUACGGUUAGUAUCGAAACAUUUUAAGAGUUCAGUAAUACUUUACUUGACACAAUCAAGAGAUAUGCCCAAAGUAAUAGCAGGCUCUUGGUAUUUUUUUACAAAUUGUGUUAGACUUCUUGACCAAUAACCAUUCAGGGGGCCUUGAUAAUUACAAGGCUUGUAUUCACUGUUGGACACCAUGAAAUACGUGCAGCCUAGUAAGGUACAGCAAAGACUGGAAAAGUCUUUGCAGCUGAUUCAGUGAAUCAGCUGUAUAGCGGUCCCUUGAAUAUAAAACACUCCACCGUCCCCUGAAGAAGAGAACUAAUGAGAACUAACGCCUGAUGUCAGAUUUUGUAACGUUCCAAUUUUUCCUAACUUGUUUGUUAAAUGCUGAUCGCAAUAUUUGUAUAUUUUGAAGACAUUUUCUUAGUAAUGUAGAUACAACCAUAAGGUGGCGAUAUUAUGUUUACCAAGCCAAUUCAAUGUAGGCCUACGUAUUAUAGUCGACACCAUACUAUCCGGACGGUAACUGAGUUGACAGACAAGUGACAGUUAAGCAAUCUUCCAAUUUGGGUAGACGUUUGAGUCCUUUGUUGUGAUCUUUUUUUUAUGAGCACUCUACCUGUACCCUGUUUCUUAUAAUAGAAACGUAGAAAAUGUAAACAGUGUUCAUCACCAAUAAAAUAUGCACAGAUGUGGACAAUGGUAUGUAACUGUAAAGCCAUGAUUAUCCCAAGGAUGCCUUUUUUUUUAAUUGCUCCCUUUCAUAAUUUUAUACCCUGGGAAUAGGAAUCUGACCAACACACUUCAAAGCCUCCAUCUUUAUUCUUGUGGAAACAAAUUAAUUCAGCUCUGAAACACUGUUCCGCCUCUUGAUGUGAAAGCGGUAUUAAGGACAACAUUCCCAGAGAUAAUUAGCUGCGUCUAAGUAUUGUGGCCACUGGAAUCCAUAACUUGACGGUGCUAUUGAAGACGAUGGGCCCUACUCCAAGGGAGGCAAGGACUCUGGGAGCGGGGACCACCACAGCCAUGCCUCCCAGAGACGCAGCCUCACAGAGGAGUACCGCGGGCUGACCACGGUGGACCUGAUGAAGAGGGAAGGAAGUAGCCUGGGCCUCACCAUCUCAGGGGGCUCCGACAAGGACGGCAAACCCAGAGUGUCCAACCUACGGCCAGGUGGGCUGGCUGCCAGAAGCGACCAGCUGAACGUGGGAGACUACAUCAAGUCUGUGAACGGCAUCAACCUGUGCAAGCUGCGGCACGACGAAAUCAUCAGCCUCCUGAAGAACAUCGGAGAGCGCGUGGUGCUGGAGGUUGAGUACGAGCUGCCCCAGACCGUCCAGAACCCUUCGGGGAUGCUCACCAAGACGAUAGAGGUCUGCUUACACAAGGAAGGGAACAGCUUCGGAUUUGUCAUGAGAGGGGGCUUCCAUGAAGACUGGCACAGGUCUCGCCCUCUGGUGGUGACUUAUGUUAGGCCCGGUGGUCCUGCUGACAGGGAGGGCACGCUGAAGGCGGGCGACCGCGUGCUGAGCGUGGACGGGCUGCCGCUGUCCAGAGAGAAGCACGCCGACGCCCUCACCGCCCUGGUGCAGAGCAGCCAGGAGGCCCUGCUCCUUAUAGAGUACGACGUGUCCGUCGUGGAGGCAGUGCAGCAGGCGUCGGGCCCCCUGCUGGUGGAGAUAGCCAAGGGCCCCUCCAACGCCGGCCUGGGCAUCAGCCUCCACACCGCCGUGUUCAGGAACAAACAAGUCAUCAUCAUAGACAAGAUCAAGGGCGCCAGUGUGGUGGAAAGGUGCGGCGCGCUGCAUCUGGGUGACAUCCUGCUGUCCAUAGACGGCACCAGCACGGAGCACUGCUCGCUCAUGGAGGCCACGCAGCUGCUGGCCAGCACCGCCGACGUGGUCAAGCUAGAGAUGCUCCCGGCCAAUCAGAGCAGACUUCCCAUCAGGCCCCAGGACACGGUCAAGGUGCAGAAGAGCAACCAUCAUCACUGGGAGCAGAGCUACUGCCCCCCUCCUCCUCUACCUCCUCCUCUGCAACACGCGGGCCACGGGAAGCCAUGGAACAGCCCGAGCCACUCACACAACCACCAGGACCACUGCAAAUCUCUGGUGAGCGGUGGCUUCUCCCCUUCCUCCACAGUCACCUCCGGGUUCAGCAGCCAGGGCAGCAGCAGCCUGCCCUGCCCCGCGCCCAGCGUGGCCCCCGGCAGCCCCCGCGGCUCCACGGGCAAGAGACGGCACCGCACCAAGGACCACAAGAGCUCCCUGUCUCUGGCGUCCAGCUCGGUGGGCCCGGGUGGGCAGGUGGUCCACGUGGAGACCAGCGAGGUGGUCCUGCGGGGGGAUCCGCUCACGGGCUUCGGCCUGCAGCUGCAGGGGGGGGUCUUCGCCACCGAGGCUCUGUCGGCGCCCGCGGUGGUCCGCUUCAUCGAGCCCGACAGCCCCGCCGAGAGGUGUGGGCUGCUGCAGGUGGGGGACAGACUGCUGUCCAUCAACGGCAUCCCCACGGAGGAGGGCACCCUGGAAGAGGCCCACCAGCUGCUCCGAGACGCCGCCCUGGCCAACAAAGUCACUCUGGAUCUGGAGUUUGACGUUGCAGAGUCGGUGGUUCCCAGCAGUGGCACCUUCCACGUUAAGCUCCCCAAGCGGAGAGGGGUGGAACUGGGGAUCACUAUAAGCGCAAGCAAGAAACCAGACAAGCCUCUGAUCAUCUCUGACAUAAAGAAAGGCAGCAUAGCACACAGAACAGGCACCCUGGAGCCCGGGGACAUGCUGCUGGCCAUCGACAACGUGCGUCUGGAGCGCUGCACCAUGGAGGACGCCAUGCACGUCCUGCAGCAGGCCGAGGACAUGGUGAAGCUUAGAGUGCAGAAGGACGAGGACAACAUGGACGAGCUGGAAAUGUCGGGGUCCAUCAUCUACACGGUGGAGCUGAAACGCUACAAUGGGCCUCUGGGCAUCACCAUCUCGGGCACGGAGGAGCCCUUCGACCCCAUUGUGAUCUCUGGCCUCACCAAGAAGGGUCUGGCGGAGAGGACCGGUGCCAUCCAUGUGGGGGACCGGGUCCUGGCGAUCAACGGGGUCAGUCUGAAGGGGAAGCCGCUCAGCGAGGCCAUCCAUCUGCUUCAGAUGGCCGGCGAGUCGGUCACGCUGAAAAUCAAGAAGCAGGUGGACAAGCGAGAAGCCCAGCAGUCUGUAGAGCAGACAGGCUUCCUGAGCGACCCAGAGGAGGACUUCCUGAACGACUCCCAGAAGGCCGGCAAGUGCUGUGAGGUCUAUUCGGCCAACGUUCCCAGUAUAGACUCGGCCAUGAGCUCCUGGGACGGCUCCGGGUUCGAUGCCGGAUACUGUAGCCAAGGGACGUACCUCCACAAGGCGUCGGACCUGACGCUGAAUCCCAGCGAGUGGCGGCACACUAAACACAGAGGCAACGCCGGCAGCACGCGGCAUCAGCACGCCACCGCUGCGUACGACCGCAGGUUCACCGAGGAGGAGUGGGACAAGGGGCCUGGAUUUGUCAGCCCCCCUCGUGGCCACGGCGCCCUCCCCCACCAGGGAGACAGCUUCUGGUCCCAGGCCCUGCAGGACCUUGAGACCUGUGGCCAAUCGGAGAUCAUCAGAGAGCUGGAGGCCUCCAUGACGAGCAGCAACCUUAGCCUGUACUUGGACGAGACAAAGUCCCACGAGGACUCUGUGUUCCAGACCACACUGAGGAGGGAGGGGCCCCGCGACGAGCCCAGGGCCAAGGGCUCACUGGGCCGCUCCGCCAGGGCCAAGGGCUCACUGGGCCGCUCCGCCGGGGCCAGGCAUGCCCCGGCAAUGGGCAGCAUGGGGAACGGAGGCCUGACCGAAAACUUGUCCCCCAACGCUCUGGAGCUGCACAAGGUGACCCUGAGGAAGGGCCGUGAGAGCAGCGACUUUGGCUUCAGCGUGUCGGACGGCCUCCUGGAGAAGGGGGUGUUCGUCAACAUGAUCCGUCCGGACGGCCCCGCCGACCAGGCGGGGCUGAAGCCCUACGACCGCAUCCUGCAGGUGAACUGUGCUCGGACCAGAGACUUUGACUGCUGCCUCACCAUCCCCCUCAUCAUGGAGGCAGGGGACGGCCUGAGCCUGGUGAUCAGCCGGAACCCAUCGGGGCACGACAACGGGCUCCCGGACAGUCGUGAGGACCACUUCAACGCUGGGUUCUGCUUGCCGGAGCGCCGGUCCAACAGCGUGGCACUGUGACCAAGGUCAAUGAUCCCAGCAAUAAACAUUAGGCUUUUGGAAUGCUUGGCCUAGCACAAAAACACAACACACAUGCACACAAACACUCACAUGUGUACAGCCACAUCCACAUCAAGCAUGUCACGCACACUGGUUUUGAGUUUGUUGUUAUUGCGCAUUCAGCCCCCUCCCCCACACACACCAUUGCACUACUUACUCGUAGCUACACAGCAAAUCAACAUGCACAGAAUGGUUCCUUGCACAAAUUUCUUCACUCACUCGUGUGUGUUACAGUUUAAGGCACCCGCUCACAUUCACUCCUGCUUGUUCCAGAGCAGCCAGAGCCAUCCCCUCGGAGGCAAAGCACAACACACACACACACACACAACGCACGCACAACAUUACAUAACCAGGGAUUCGUAGCUCCUGACUUAGCCGGCGCUAAGUACACACAUCUCACAUGCAAAACACGACUCAGGAUGCAUUUGAACACAACACGCACACUUUUCCCUCACAAAAGUCCCCAACCACUGUGUCUUUGAUGGCUUUGCUUUGUCAGUUUGAGUCAGCAACACGCGUGGCGUUUUUUGGGACGUUUUACAACACAAGCCUCCUGGGUUCACGCACCUGGGCACAUCGUUUGAUUUUUAUUAUUUUAUUUUUCUCCACCAUUGUACAUGCGCACCACAUGCACACUCGUGUAAGCCAGUGAUGUUUUUUUGUUCAGACUUAUUACCGUCAAGCUCACCAAUCCCUGUCACUUACCAAUCGAUCAAAUAUGGUGUGAUCUAACCCUAAACAUCCAUGAAAAUGGCAAUGAGAAUUAAUGGCUUCCAAAGUUUGUUUGCGUUUUGAAGUUUUGUAUUUUACACAUCAUCUUUGCCUUUUAUGUUAUUUAAAGACAUUUUCUCUCUUAUUGAUGUUCUGGAGAUCAAAGUCUGUUUUUGAUUAUUUCAUUCCUUAUCCAAGUUGGGGUUUAUGUAAACAGCUCCAUGAGGCAAUGCCCCAGAGUGACCGGCCGUGACACUGACUUUGGUGUUUCUCUAAUGCUCUGUGGUUGGAGAUCAAUCAGUCCGGUGGCCCAUAUGGGAUGAAUAACACAUGUUUCAUCAAUGAACAGUAAAUAAUUCUGUUGUUGUGGUGUGGAACGUAAGAGUCAAACUCUUGUUUUAUGAGGCAUUUCUCCCCACAACGGUUGUCCCCUGAUGUAUGAGAUACUGUGCAUGCUCAGCAUGCAUCCUAAGGACCAGUCCUCCAACCGUUUGCCCAUGUUCCUGAGAGGUUUUGUGAAGACCAAGACAGGUUUAGUUUCUAGCCGACCACUUCAGAGAAAAUCUGAGUCUACUUUUAACAAUGUGUUAACUGCCAUAAAUAGGCUAUGUGGGGAUAUUUAAGCCACAUUCCCGUUUCUAUGCAGCUUUGGAGGGGUCUUAGACCUUGGGACAGUAUUUUUACAAGUUAUUUCCAUAUGUUAGGUAUUCAGUGUCGGUGUGUUCAGCUGCCAGUAUUUAUGCUUUUAUUUGACAUGGCCAAGAUUCGGAAACCUUGUGUUCCAAAACCACGUAGCCUGUAAUCGUAGUUUUAUUUUUUUACUGACAUGCAUGUGUGCUCUGUGUGAGAUGUGAAUGAUGUUGUAUAGUUUUGUCCCCCCUGACCCCCACCAUUCUAUGAUAGAACUUUAAAAGGGAAUUUAAGAUUAUUUUUGUUAUACUUUAAUAUAAACUAAUGUAUUUCUUUUAAUUAAAUUCCAUGUGAAAUUAAACCUCUUAAGUCAAGUCAGUCUUUUUCUUGAUCUGAAAGGUUUGACAAAUGACGUUAGAGGCUCAAUAAAUAUUUUA